AUGGCUCCCAAGAAGAAGGGAAACAAGCGCCAGGACGAGGACUGGGAGAAUGAGCUCGGCGAGUCGGCCCCUACCGUUGAUGCCCCCACCAACGACCAGACCGAGGAUGGUGCCGAGGAUGAGGCCCCUGCCGCCGGUGGUUUGAUGGCUGCUCUGCGCAAGAACAAGGAGAAGAAGAAGAAGAAGAACAAGCAGACCAACGACUUCGUUGAGGGUGAAGAUGCCACUGAGCCUGCCGCCGAUCUUGCCGCCGAUCUUGCUAGCAAGCAACCCGAAGAGGGUAACUUUGAUGACGACGAUGUGUUUGCCGGCAAGCCUAAGAAGGCCAUUAAGGAAGUCGCCCCAGCUCCAGCUGCAGAGCCCGAAGAGGGAGAGUUCCGUGUUAAGUCUAAGAAGGAGAAGGAGAAGGAGAAGAAGGAGCGCGAGAAGCAAAGAAAGAAGGAACAGGCUGCUUUGAAGAAGAAGAGCACCCCCGCUCAGGAAAAGGCCGAGGCCGCUCAGGCUGUCGCCGAAGCCAAGAAAGUGGAAGCUGCUGCUGCGGCUCCUGCUGUAGAGACUGGUGGCAAGAAGAAGAAGCUUCCGCCCCACCUUGCUGCUCUUCAAAAGCAACAGGAGCUGCUUCGUCAGCAGCGUGAGGAGGAAGAGCGCCUCGCCGCGGAGGAGAAGAAGGCUGCUGAGGAGCAGGAGCGCUUGGAGGCCGAGGCCGAAGCUAAGCGCGAGGCUGCCCGUGCCUUGAAGAAGGAGCGUGAGCGUGAGAAGAAGGAGCAGCUGCGCAAGGAGGGCAAGCUUCUUACCAAGGCCCAGAAGGAGGCCAAGGAGCGCAAUGAGAGGCGCAUGCAGCAGAUGCUUGCAGCUGGUGUAGGCAAGGUUGCUGGUCUCGAAGAGGGUGCUACCGACAAGAAGCGUCCUGUCUACGAGAACCGCAAGAAGAAGGGCGGCAAGAAGCAAGAGGAGGUCGAUCUUGAAGCCGCUGCCGAGCGUGCCCGUCUUCAGCGUGAAGCUGAGGAUGCACGCCGUAAGAAGGAGGCUGAGGAGAAGGCUAAGGCCGAAGCCGCGGCUGCCAAGGGUCCUGCCGCCGUCGAUGAGGAAGAUGCCGUCGAUGACUGGGAGGCUGCUGCUGCUGAGGAUGAUGACGAUGUGAAGGACAGCUGGGAUGCCGCUACUGAUGAUGAGAAGGAGGAGGAGAAGCCCGCUGCUAACGGUGCUGCCAAGGAGGAAGAAGACGAGGAGGAGGAGGAAGAUUCUGAAGACGAUUCCGAUGAUGAUUCUUCCUCUGAGGACGAAGAACAGUCUGCUAACCAAAGAGCUAUUGCUCUAAGGAAGGCCGAGGCUGCUGAACGCAGACAGAAGCUGCACGAGGAGGCCCUUGCGGCUCGUUCCAAGGACAACCUGCGCUCUCCCAUUUGCUGUAUUCUUGGUCACGUCGAUACUGGUAAGACCAAGCUGUUGGAUAAGAUUCGUCAAACCAACGUGCAGGAGGGUGAAGCUGGUGGUAUUACGCAACAGAUUGGUGCUACUUACUUCCCCGUCGAUGCCCUGAAGCAGAAGACCGCCGUUGUCAACAAGGAUGGCAAGUUUGAGUUCAAGGUCCCCGGUCUGUUGAUCAUCGAUACCCCCGGUCACGAGUCUUUCUCCAACUUGCGUUCAAGAGGUUCUUCCCUUUGCAACAUUGCUAUUUUGGUUGUCGAUAUCAUGCACGGUCUGGAGCCCCAGACUCUGGAAUCCAUGCGUUUGCUGCGUGACCGUAGGACUCCUUUCAUUGUGGCCCUGAACAAGAUCGAUCGUCUUUACGGCUGGAAGAAGAUCGAUAACAACGGUUUCGAGGACAGUCUGUCGAUGCAAAACAAGGGUGUUCAGAAUGAGUUCCGCACACGUCUCGAGGCUACCAAGCUCGCUUUCGCCGAGCAGGGUUUCAACUCUGAGCUUUUCUUCGAGAACAAGUCCUUGGCCAAGAACGUGUCCUUGGUCCCCACCUCCGCCCACACCGGUGAAGGUAUCCCUGACAUGCUGAAGCUUCUCACCUCUCUGUCCCAGGAGCGUAUGACCAACUCUCUCAUGUACUUGUCUGAGGUUGAGUGUACCGUUCUGGAAGUCAAGGUCAUUGAGGGUCUUGGUACCACCAUUGAUGUUAUUCUGUCCAACGGUAUCCUGCGUGAGGGUGACCGAAUUGUUUUGUGUGGUUUGAAUGGUGCUAUUACAACCAAUAUUCGAGCACUGUUAACACCGGCACCGCUUAAGGAACUCCGUCUGAAGUCUCAAUAUGUGCACAACAAGGAGGUCAAGGCCGCGUUGGGUGUUAAGAUUGCUGCCAACGAUCUGGAGAACGCCAUUGCCGGUUCCCGUCUCUUGGUUGUCGGUCCCAAUGAUGAUGAAGAGGACCUGGAGGACGAGAUCAUGUCUGAUCUUGAGAACCUCCUCAGCCGUGUCUCCACUGAUCAGCGUGGUGUCACUGUGCAAGCCUCCACUCUGGGUUCCCUUGAGGCUCUUUUGGAGUUCUUGAAGGUCUCCAAGAUUCCCGUGGCCAACAUCUCUAUUGGACCUGUCUUCAAGCGCGAUGUCAUGAUGGCUGGAACUAUGGUGGAAAAGGCCAAGGAGUUCGCAGUCAUGCUCUGCUUCGAUGUCAAGGUUGACAAGGAUGCCGCUGCCUACGCUGCUGAGGUCGGCGUCAAGAUCUUCACUGCCGACAUUAUCUACCACCUGUUCGACGACUUCACCAAGCACAUGGCAGAGCUCACUGAACAGCGUAAGGAGGAGAGCAAGUUGCUUGCUGUCUUCCCCUGUGUGAUUGCUCCCGUUGCUAUCUUCAACAAGAAGGAUCCCAUUGUCAUUGGUAUCGAUGUUCUUGAGGGUAGUUUGCGCAUGCACACCCCACUUGCCGCUGUGCGGACCAACGCGGAGGGUAAGAAGGAGAUUAUCAACAUCGGUAGAGUGACAUCCAUUGAGCGUGACCACAAGGCCAUCCCUGUCUGCAAGAAGGGUCAGCCUUCAGUCGCCGUCAAGAUCGAGGGACCUAACCAGCCCAUGUACGGCCGCCAGCUUGAGGAGAAGGACCAACUGUACUCUGUUAUCUCGCGUGCCAGUAUCGAUACCCUGAAGGAAUUCUACCGUGCUGAGGUUACCAUGGAAGAGUGGGGUCUUGUCAAGAAGCUCAAGCCCGUUUUCGACAUUCCUUGA